AUGAAGCUCUGGAAUGUGAUUGGGUUUGCUGGUCACAAGCUAGGGGCAUUGACAGUUGUGUGCGACGUGGACCUGCUUGGUGGCGGGACGCUGCAUUUGGCGUACUACACCGACGUGAAGAACAGUGCGUCGCUGCUGCACAAGAUCCUGUCCAACGAAGUCAACGUCGCCCUCAUUAACGCAGACACGGUCGUGAGCCUGUUCCAAGUCCACGCCGCCGCGUCUCGCGCGCUCCUCUCGGUGCAGAACCACUCGAUGACCACGAACUCGCCCCACUCGGAACAUGUCUUCAACCUCAACCAAGCCACCCAGGUCCUUGUGUGCGUGUUCGACGAUGCUACCGCCCUCGACACAGUCGGCAUUGAUGGCAUGCUGAAACCUGUCACUUCCAUCGAAAACCACACCCACUUGACUCCCGAGCACAUCCAAGUGUUGAAGAAGCACUACAAGAUUCAGGACCUGGAGCUGCAAGUGACCACGCUCAGCGACGCCAUCGUCAGCCGCAUUGCGACCAAGAACGUCAAUAAGUAG